GUUCAUAUUCACAGUAUCCAAAAUGGAUGUUGAGGGGCUUGGAGCAUUUCUUCUUAUGAUCAUAACCUGCUUAUAUAUCUUUAACACAUGGAACACAAUGUACAAGAAAGUGAACCUUCCUCCAGGUCCUACUCCUCUUCCUCUAAUUGGAAACUUGAUGAAUAUAAAGAAAGGGAAGAUGGUUCAGUCUCUUAUGAAGAUGUGGGAGCAGUAUGGAGCUGUAUAUACAUUGUACUUUGGCACAAAACCUAUUAUUGUCCUUUGUGGUUAUGAUGCAGUCAAAGAAGCACUCGUUGAUCAAGCUGAAAAUUUUGGAGCUCGUGGAAAAAUAAUUAGUUUGGAUAAAAUUUCCCAGGGCUAUGGAAUCAGUUUUAGCAAUGGAGAACGUUGGAGGCAAAUGCGCCACUUUACUUUGAAGACCCUCAAGGACUAUGGAAUGGGAAAGAAAAGUAUAGAACAGAAGAUUCAGGAGGAGGCUUUAUGUUUGGUUGAACAAUUUAGGAAGUCUGGAGAAACACCAGUUGAUCCUUCAAAGCAAAUUAUGGAUGCUGUGUCUCGUGUGUUCUGCUCCAUCAUUUUUGGAAGUCAGUUUGAGUGUGAUGAUAAGAAGUUUGCAAUACUACUUGCCAAAGUGGAUGAGAUUUUCCGCCUUAUGAGCUGCACAUGGGGUCAGAUUGAAAACUUUAUUCCCAGAUUAAUGGCAUACAUUCCAGGACCCCAUAAGAAAAAAGAUACCCUUUCAGAAGAAGUGAUUUCAUUCUUACAUGAGAGAGUGAAGGCCAACCAAGAGACAUUUGAUCCUUGCUCCCCUAGAGAUUUCAUUGAUGAAUUCCUGAUGAAACUAGAGAAGGAAAAAAAGAAUCCAAAUUCUGAAUUUACUAUGAAGAACAUAUUACUGACAUUCUUUAGCAUUUUUCUUGGAGGAACAGAGACAUCCACUACCACUCUGAAGCAUGGGCUGCUACUGCUGAUCAAGUACCCUGAAAUACAAGCUAAGCUUCAUAUGGAAAUUGACUAUGUGAUCGGACGAAACAGAACAGCGAAUAUAACUCAUCGCAAUGCAAUGCCCUAUAUGGAGGCUGUGCUAAAUGAAAUUCAGCGAUUCUGUGACAUCGUCCCUUUGAAUGUUCCGCGAAAGGUCACUAAGGACAUACAGUUUAGAGGGUAUUCCAUCCCCGAGGGCACGGAAGUCUACCCAUUGCUCUGUACUGUCCAUCGUGAUCCCAAGUACUUCUCCACUCCAUAUACAUUUAAUCCUAGCCACUUUUUGGAUGAACAAGGCAGAUUCAAGAAAAGUGAUGCCAUGAUGGCAUUUUCAGCAGGUAAACGGAUCUGCCCAGGAGAGAGCCUUGCUCGCAUGGAACUCUUUCUCUUCUUUACCAACAUUCUACAAAACUUCACUCUCACCUCACCAACUCAUUUCACGGAAGAUGAUAUAGCCCCAAGAUUGACAGGGUUUAUAAACCAUCCUAUUAAAUACAAGGUCUCAUUUAUUCCUCGCUAAUCAUUCCAUGCUUUGCUUUGCAGUAAGUGCUUGAAUAAUAUAAUCAUAUGUAGUUUGCUUUAUAGGUGCUAUUGGGUAGUUGUUAAACCGGUGCAGUUCCAUACAUGAAAGAUCUAUGAUCCAGGAUUUUCACUAGCUAAUAAUGUAGAUCGCAUGAUACUUGUCAUUUACCCAGUACCUCAUUUCUGAUUACUGAUUUGAAAUGAACUGCUAAAGAUACCUAAAAUGGUGGCCUCAGUGUACAGUACAGAUGCAGCCUACCUGGUUUUCCACAUUGUCCCAUUAUAUCCCUGUCUUCUUGUCACAAUAUUGCAGAAAAGGAAAAAUAAAAUCAGACGCAAUACUAAAGUAACUAAAAAAUUGCCCAAAGUUAUUUUUUAUCAUUGUUAAUAACACAUAAUUGUUUUCCACUUUAGUCAACAAAUAGUAAAGAGAUUUAAAUAAAGAUGUAUUUUCAGGCUUCAA